AAGAAUACUAAUUUCGUCAUUUCCUCUAAUGCGUGAUAAUCAUAAACAAUAUGGGUAAGAAGAAGGCUGCAGCGACAACGGCUAGCCGCAAGGCCACCAAGAGCAAGUCCAAGCCGGGCAGCGCCAUCACGCGCCGCGAGAUCGCAGCAUGGGAGGACGACGAAGUGCCGUCCGCACUACGCUUCGAGCCACUACGCAAGUCGUUACGCGUUAGAGAUCUACACGAGGAGCUCAUCUAUGCCGUACCGUCCUUCCUGUCGCGCGUCGAGUGCCAGCGCGUGCGCUCAUUUGCGGACCAAGAAGGCUUUGAGCGCGUGACACAGCGGGCCAGUCGGGACUACGCAUUCAGGGAUAACGACCGACUACUGUUACGUCUUCCAGCUUUCGCGGAGCUGCUCUGGAAGCGUCUGCAGCCGCAUGUUCCAGUCGAGUAUGAGGGCAUGCAUGCUGUUGGGCUGAACCCGGCUAUCAGGUUCUAUCGGUACAAUACGGGGCAAAGGUUUGGCUGUCAUGUGGACCAGAGCGAUGUGGAUCGGAUCACUGGCUACCACAGCCGCUUUACAGUGCUCGUGUACUUAAACGACUCAACUGACUCCGACUUGCAAGGCGGCAAUACCAUCUUCUACUCUAAUGAAGCUGGUGCCAAGGAGGAAAAAGUGGUGCUUAGUGUAGCCCCGGAGACUGGCUCAGCUCUCGUACACGGUCACGGCGAUCGCUGUCUGUUGCACGAAGGCGCGUUAGUCACUCGAGGGGCCAAAUAUCUACUGCGCACCGACGUCAUGUACUCGCGGACGAAGAAGUAGAUGCUGUACAAAAUCUAAAUGAAAACUUUUUUGACAGGAAGCAGGGCCAGACAUAGUGUAUAUACGUCAAAAGGUUGCUGGAUGCGAGGCCCUGAAUCUUAACUAGCUGCUCGACGCCAGCUCGCGCAGUCUUCUAGCAAUAGCGUGGACAAAUGGGUUGCUCUGCACAAGACAAUAAAUAUUAGGAAGAGGAUACUAAGAAGCACAAUCACGAGAAUGCGUACCUCGAUGUCGCUGACAACGCCAAGCAAUUUGCCGAGUGUGUGUUGGAUGGCAUUCCUGCUGGAUUCCGCUUCUGGGUGACUCAGGUAGUGCGCGAAGUGAAGCAGCAGCACCACAAGCAUGUUCUCCACAAC